AGGCUGGGGAAUGAUGAUACCCAAUUUGAGGUUAGCAUGGCCAACCAUGGAUGUGAAGUACAUCGUUUUGAUCCUAGUGUUAAGUCAGCUCAUAUCCUGGAGAGUCCACGCCUUUGGUACCACCGCUUGUCCAUCGACUGGAGAGACCCCCAUCCAGCUGUUGCUGCCCCCAGACCGUACAGCAACACCAGGAAACUGGGAACCAUUUUGAAUGAAUUUGGGCAUCACAAGAUUGAUGUUCUCAAAGCAGAUCUGGAAAGCGCAGAAUGGAAAAUUUUAGAAAAUCUUAUUCUGGAAGAUGUCCUUGAACAAAUUGGACAGCUCACCUUUGAGGUUCAUCUCCACUGGCCCGGGUUUGAGGUCAGUGGUGGGGACAGCACUGUCGUGCGGUUCUGGUACAGCCUCCUCAAAGAGUUAGAACUAAAGGGUUUCAGGCUUUUUCAUAGUUACAAAGAUUUAUCUAAACCUCAGCUAUUCCUGAAGAAAGACAUUUUCAAUGCAAGUAGCUGUUAUACUCUGAGUUGGGUGAAUACAAGAUGGAAAUAGGAUACGGGACCUCAUCAAGAACUCAAGGAAAUAAUUGCAGAAUGAGGCACGUCCGGCAGUCUAAUUAUCGAUGUACUUGCGCAGUUUCCACUAGCCUGUUACCUGCGUGAGGUGGGGAUCGUGUUAUUGCCUCUGUAGUGCAUGUAACUCGACACUUGCCACGUGGUAGGAGCACAGUUAACACUUGUGGAAGGGAUGGACACAGAGUGCCAUAGGAGUCCACCUCCGUCUGUCCAGAUCCUAGCCUUCUGCCUGUUUGCCUCUGACAGAGUGGGGAUCCUUGUCCUUCAUUUUAACAUGGAAGAUAAUCCCCCACGUAGCUGUUUUCCCUAAGAGUCAUUAAUGUAUCUGAAGUCCACGAAUUCAGCAGCAUCAAGAAGAAAUUCUAUGCAUUUUCCAUUUUUACUGGGUUCAUGAGAUUAAGUGUGUAGCUUACUGUUCAAAAUAGGGCCCUUCAUUUGAGUCUCAGAGGUUUUUUUUCUUGUUCGCCUUGGUCAAUAACAUUGUUUACAACCUUGUAGAUUUCAAUCAUUCCUACUUGGCUUUUGCUGAGGGCUAUGCUGGGACGUUAUAAGAGCCACUGAGUCUGGUUUCUGGGGACUCAGACACACCAAAUUCUGUCAUUGAGUUUACAAGUCUAGAUUAUCAAGAACUUCAACUCAGGAUUCCUUUACACUCAGCCUUAAAUCCCCUUCUGUUCCUAUGAAACUAAGCACAAAGCAGAAUUUGCAUGUCUUUACUGUUGCCUUUUCUGACUUCAGACCUGAUUUCUCAACCACCGACGUGCCUAUGCUGUCAAAUCUUUUUUUUAAAUACAUUAUCUGAAAGAUUAAGUAAGUUUUUCUUAACUGCCAAUUGGCCUAAGAGCCAAAAUCUGUAUCUUUCCUGGGGUGGUUAUGCAGUAUUUCAGUAGUGCCAAUCCUUUUUACAUUUUUAAAUAUUAAACAGAGGAAUGUAGGUUCUCGGUAGUUCAAACGAUCUCUAUCAUUUUUAUUUAUAGGAUUAGACAUCCCUACAAAUGAUUUUCAAAAAUUCUACUUCAAAUAAGCUAAAUGGUACAAAAUAAAGCAAAUUAUUACCUUAUGAUAAAUGAAGCUUAUUUUCUGGCAUGUUUUACAUCCUGAGAGGGCAGGAAAUUUAAUGUAUGUUGUUUGUUCAAAGAAAUCUGGGGAGACAGGAAAAUAGUGAUUGCUACUAGACUUUAUUCCUUUUCCCCAUAUUUUACCUCCUUUUACUCCAGAUGUUCCCUGCAUUGGCGUUUUAUUUCUUGCAGUGGUUUGAAAAUAACCAUUCGUCAAGUGAGAAACCGAAAUAUAUUAGCUAGAUAAUCCUACUAACUUAAGUUCAAAAGGGAACAAGACUUUCUGAUUUAGUAGUGAUGAU